AACUUGUUCCUUCUGCUCAUGCUAGCAAUGAUGCCACCUUCUGCAUUUUCAGGCCGCCGGAUGAAACGGCAGGUUGAUGUCUGGGGGAGCUGGGGUGAAUGGGGCAAGUGCAGUCGGAGCUGUGGCGGUGGAGUCAGCUUUCGGCAACGGCGCUGCUAUUCCCAGAGGACAGAAGGUGCUUCCAGUUGUGUUGGACCAACUCGAAGCUAUCGAUCAUGCAACGUUCAGAGCUGCCCAGAAGGCUCCUGGGAUUUCCGGGCAGAGCAAUGUGCGGAGUUCGAUGGGACAGAAUUCCAGGGAAAGAAGUACAAGUGGCUUCCAUAUUACGGAGCGCCUAAUAAGUGUGAGUUAAACUGUAUUCCCAAGGGAGAAAACUUCUACUACAGGCACAAGGAAGCAGUGGUAGAUGGGACUACCUGUGAACCUGGCAAGCAGGACAUCUGUGUAGAGGGAGUUUGUCAGGCUGUUGGCUGUGAUAACAUGCUGGAAUCUGCCAAGAAGGAGGACAAGUGCCUGCAGUGUGGAGGAGAUGGCAGCACCUGCUAUGCUGUGAAGGGCACUUUUGAUGUGCCUAACCUCCCCAAAGGUUACAAUCAAAUCUUCAUCAUCCCUGUGGGAGCCACAAGCAUCCGAAUUAAGGAGGUUAUGCCCAGCAGGAACUUCCUGGCUGUCAAGAACGUGCGAGGGGAGUAUUAUCUGAACGGGCAUUGGACAAUCGACUUCAGCCGAGCGCUGCAGGUAGCUAGCACGGUUAUGCACUAUGACCGUGGCUCAGAGGGUGAUCUGGCCCCAGAGCUCCUCCAUGCCCAGGGUCCAACCACAGAACCCCUCGUCAUUGAGCUCAUCAGCCAGGAGCCAAACCCAGGGGUACAGUAUGAGUACUACCUGCCCGUGCAAGGACAGGCCUCGGGUUACAGCUGGAGCUACGGUUCCUGGAGUGAGUGCAGCUCCGAAUGUGGAGGAGGUUUCCAAUCCCGCUUGGUGUUUUGUACCAUAGACAAUGAAAUCUAUCCAGACUAUAUGUGCAGGAAUAAACCACAACCAGACAAUAACCGGACAUGUGGCCAUCAGACUUGUCCCCAGACAAAACGGACUUCUUACAUCUACCUGCCGCAAGCCUGGAGUCACAGUGGAGCACGGAGCUCUCAGAUGAAGAGGUGGAAAACGGGGGAGUGGGGCUCCUGCUCAGCUACCUGUGGUGGGGGCACCCAGACUCGCUCCGUUUACUGUGUGGCAUUCGACGGCCAGAGCUCCCAAGGGGUGGUGGAUAACGCUGAGUGCAUGGCCUUCGCACAGCAGCCUCGCAGCAGUCAGCCCUGCAACAUGAGGCAGUGUGCGGCCUGGAGCACGGGGCCCUGGUCAGAGUGCUCAGCCAGCUGUGGAGAAGGAGUCCAGACCCGAACCGUCACCUGCAGAACACAGCAGGGCUCUCAGGCUCAGGACUUCGCUUGCCUAGUGGAGCCAAAGCCAUCGGCCACCCAGCCCUGCCUUAAGGAGAACUGCAUCCAGGAAAUUGGCUGGCACGUUGGAGACUGGGGCCUGUGUUCGAAGAGCUGCAACUCAGGCAUCCGGACACGCCAAGUCAUCUGCGCUGACGGCGACUCCAAAUUCUACAGUCCUGAGACAUGCAAAGCCAUCCAGCCACAGAAACCAGCCACCCUGGGUAGCUGCAACAUGCAGCCCUGCUACCUGCCACAGCAGGUCCCCAGUAUGCAGGACACUAUGGGAUACGAUGUCACUCGCCAGUCCUUGCUGACACGUUACAACCCAAACAGCCCUGCCACAGGAGUUCUCUCCCCAGAUUCUGGUGAUGAAAGGACACUCCCUGGGAGCUCCACGAUCCAUAGUACCUCUGGGAAUCACCACAUCCCAUCCACCAAGGACCGUGGCAUCAACUUGUUGCCUGUUCGCUGGGAAUCCCGGUCACACUCAUCAGGUUCCCAUCAGCUCAGCUUCUCUCAGGACCCCACUGCAGGGACUGGCUCUCAGGACUGUCAUCGGAGCCCACACGGCUGCUGUCCAGAUGGGCACACUCCAGCUUCAGGCCCUUUGGGGAGAGGUUGCCCCUUCAGCACCUGCCACCGAAACAGGUAUGGAUGCUGUCCUGAUGGAGUAUCGGCUGCCCAGGGUCCAAACAACAUGGGAUGCCCACAAUAUUACCGUGAUGUUCAAGUGAGCAGAAAUCAGCCCACUGUGGCCACUCCAGCAGCAAGCCAAGCCUUGUCCCAGCAGCACCCCUCGGGCGAGUGCCGCAGUUCCGUGUACGGCUGCUGUUUUGACAAUGUCGCUUCAGCUUCAGGUCCUCAAGGGGAAGGAUGUCUCAAUAGGCCCAACUACCCGUAUCCUGUCAUAUGCCUGCUGCCCAGUGCCCACGGCCCCUGCACGAACUGGACCACUCGCUGGUACUUUGUGACUGUCGUUGGCAAGUGCAACCGGUUUUGGUAUGGCGGCUGUCACGGCAAUAAAAACAGCUUUGCCUCGGAGGAGGAGUGCAUGAGAGCAUGCCGCAGCUCUGUGGGGGUCAGUCCCCUGGAGCACCAGCCCUUUUCUGGCACAGGAGCCCUGCAACGCCAGCACACUGGCUCCCGCUCUCGUACAGGGGAUGCUCAGGGUCAGCAGCAGCCACCCCCAAGAGUGUCUGCAAGUCACAGCCAAGAAGGAAGAGCCUAUGGGGCUUCAGACCCCAUGCAAGACAGCCACAGACAGGACAGCUGGAGAAGUGAGGUGCUGCCAGAGUCUUUGCCAAGGACUGGUGUGCUGGAGAGCCAGCGCUGGGGCACCCAGCAAAGCAGAUUGGACAGCCUGAGCCAGCUGCGCUUGUGGGAAACAGCAGUGCCGGGGCCCGCAGAGAGGCAGAGUAGCAGUGGCCAGCAGGUGCUGCCCCAUGAGGGCAAGCAGUGGCAUAAGGCUUUCGGAGCAGAUGUUUCCAUGACGGAGGGAUUUGGGCACCAUGCGUCUCCAGACUCGUUCCCAGCGUGGGCUCUGCACAGAGCCAUCCUGGAGGAAGCCAAGCCCUCUCUUGUGACAGCAGUCGUGGGACAAAACGUCCAGCUGAUCUGCAAGACAGGCAUGUCCCCCUUCUCCAGAGUGGAGUGGAUGAAGGACGGCCGACCGGUCUCCUCUGACAGGCACACCUACCAGUCCGACCGCUCUUUAGUGAUCAGCCACGUCAAGCUGGAGGAUGCCGGGACUUACACAUGCCUCAUUUCUGACGGGAGGACAGAGAGCCAACAGAUUCAGUUACAGAUCAUAGAGUACCAGAGUGCUGUUCUGGCAGAGGGUGAGAGAGGUCGGGUCCUUCACAAGGAAAAUCAGCAGCAUCGAGAGCUAUCCAGAGGCAGGAAGGUUGUACAGGCGGCCGGUUCCUCUGUGCAUCAGCAAUUCACAUACAGAUUGAGAAUGGAUAAGAGUGAGCCCUCAGUAGUGGAGGCCGACGUCGGGGAGAGAGUCAGACUGCCCUGCACAGUGGAAGCAUCGCCGGCUCUCACCAUUGAGUGGCAGAAAGAUGGGCAGCCCCUCUCCUCUCCCAGACACAGGCAGCAGUCAGACGGGGCCCUGGUGAUCAGCCGGGUCAGCUCUGAAGACGUUGGCUUCUUUACCUGCAUUGCCUCGAAUGGACGUGACCAGGACCAGCGCCAGGUCCUGUUCCGACCUCGAGGAGAGCUGAGGAUCACUGGUCUUCUGCCAAGCAUCACGGUACCUGAAGGAGGGACUGCUCAGCUUCACUGUACAGUGACUGGCAGCAACGUCAAUAUACGGUGGUCAAGGAACGGAGUCCCUAUGCGGGCAGAUGGCCGCCACAUCCACCUGUCACAGGAUGGAAGCCUGAUCAUAAGCAAUGUUCAAGAGGCUGACGAGGGAUCCUACACAUGCAGCGCCUACAGCAGCAGCAACUCUGUCAGUGCCAGCACGGAGGUGAAAGUGCUGAGGAGCAGGCCUAGCGCUACUGUGAAUCAUGUUGUGGACCUGAGCAGAGAGUGCGUGGACCAGCCACACCUCGCCAACUGUGACCUGAUCCUGCAGGCCCAGCUCUGCAGUAACGAAUACUACUCCAGCUUUUGCUGCGCUAGCUGCUCUCGCUACCGACCGCAAGCCAGCCCUCCUCGUCACCGCGGGUGACAGACACCCCCACGGCCACAUGAAAGUACAGGUGACUGAUUACAAGACUGGAAGUCUGAACUCUGUCCUUUUACUGCAUGACACUGUUCUGGGAGCUCUGCCCUGCUGGAAGGCUCAAGAGGGUGAAUUGAAUAGAGCGUAGUGGGUGUAACUGUUCAAAGGUGGGAGACCCACCACCCUCAAGUUUAUCGCAAACUCCUUUUUUUCCCCCCUGUAUGCCUUGCUCUAGCUAAUCCAUCUCUUCACUUAAGGGUAGUUGCUGUCAUUCACAGAACAAGAUGAUACUGGGAACGUAAGGAUGCUGUGACUUUAGAGAAGACCGAUAACCAGCAUGAAAGAGGGAGAGACCAAUUCUUCAUACAAGCAAGAGAGAGAAGUACUCUUAAAAAAAAUCAUCUCUGAAGUGUUUGAAGAUGGGCCUGAACUGGCUUAACCAAAGCAUUAAUGAGCGAUGAACAUUUGCAAUCCUGGGGAGCACUUUCCAUCUAAAUGCAAAGGACUCUGGCCACGAGAAACAGCUUGAUGCAUAUAAAAUUAGUGUUCAGGUCCUAUGAGAUUACUAGCUCUAGGGAUGCAGCUGUAAUGUCACGUUACUGUAGCUGUUUUAUUCCAGUAGACCUUAGACAAAUUUCUAGUUGGGUCAGUUUCAUUUCUACUUGACUGUAAUCAGCUUUGGAGUGAAAUGCAGAAGCAAUGCUUCACAGAAAGCUUAAGACAAAAUAGAAGAAUACUUUUAGCCCUUCCUGAAUGUUAGGGGUAAUUGAGAUGAAUAUACCAACACUGUUACCUGUUCUGAGAUGCUGCAGUUUAAAUAUCACUUGUUCUAGGAAGGCUCAGCAGAUAAUUUUAUUUGUUUUUCUGAGCCAAAAAUGUGCUCUUGAAUUUAUUGCAAAGCUGGGCUUGGUGGUAGCGUUGCGCUGAGUUUCAGCUUGGGGAGGCGAAUAAUAUACACAUAGAAAUACAUGCAGGGGCAUUUGACUUGCCAGAAUAAACCUCCCGAUGAUCUGCUCUAGUCUUAGUUAAGUCCAGGAAAGCCUGGCUCUGCACGUGGCCUGGGCUGAUGCCUGCUGCUAUGGGCCAACAAGCGAGGACUUCCAGAUGCAGAGCAGCUAUAGCUGAAAAGCAUCCUUCACUUCAAGACUAACACUGAGUGGCAGCGAGCAUGCAUAUGAGGGUCUGAAAGAGAAAGUCUCAGGCAUGAAGGGGUGCGUGUGGGGAGGUGAGAUUAUAUCAUGGUUUGUUAAACCAGGAAAGGCCCUUGAGUGUCUUCAGUAUCUCAAAGUGGAAUUAUUUCUGAGCAAAAGCAUUUUUACAGCCUCCACAGUAUUGUUUUAUCCUAGCAUCAGCCCUAACGGUCCCCCUCUUCCUCAUUCCAAACUCCCGGCUGAGACUUGGAUGGGUUAAUCAUAUUAAUUAGGACCAUCGCCCAUUUAUUAUUUGCAUACAUGUAGCUAUAAACUAGUAGACUGGCGUGUAGUGUUGAUGUUGAUGUUUUCGUUCGGGGGGGUGUGGAUGAUUGGCUUGCUUUUUUUUUUUUUCUUCUCCUACUUCUGUUACUUAUUUAAGGCUUCUAAGGCAGGCAGCUAAUUCAGGACUGUGCUCACACCACUCUCCUUCAGACCAGACUCAGUACUCAGGGCAGCAUAAUAUAUAGGUGUAAAUCCCCAGGCUCGACAGCCUAAAGCUGGUUUGGCCUCUAAAUCCAGUAAAUCAGUUCAGAUGCACCUAAAAAUAAGAAUUACUAAUGUAAUGAUUGCACUCUUUUCAGCACAGGUAUGGCUUCAGAAUUGAACACACUGCUUUAAGAUGUGAACAAACUGAAAAGUCUAGAAGCAAUCCAGUAAAGGAGAGGUGACAGUCACACAGCUAUUUGGGUCUUUCUGUGGUCUGAUAGAUUCUGCUUGCUAGAAAAGACAAAAAUACUUAUUUUGCAGUUAAGACCCUUUAAUUUGAUUAGGGAAAACUUCCUCUGCUGUAAUUCAUGGUAGGCGUUACAGUAUAAGGUUUGAAGUUGACAUCAUUGGGUAUUUAAGAACAAUGAGAUGGUCCUGAGAACUUCUAAUUGUGUUUGUACAUAAUUUUGCAUUUAACAUCUCAGACUAGCACCUUUUCUGUGUGUGUGUUUGUGUGUGUAUAGGAUAUUUUAGUAUUUUAGCAUAUAGUAUGACUUUGCCUUUUGAGACCAGGGACCAAUCACAGACUGUGUAAACUCCAGUCUUAGUGAAGCCAUCUCAGUUCACAUGUGGCAGGCAUAGAGGGUAGUCAAGAUCUGUGGACAUGCUCAGGAGCAUGGUUAGAAGUUGAUUGUGGCUUAUCAGACCCUUUUGUCCCAGAAUAAGCAGUCAGUUCUAUAAUAUCACUUUCUACUAUG